AAUAUGUAUUUACGAGUACAUACGAAUACUGAAACUGCAGUUGAUAAUAAAUUCAAAAUGAUGGCGUAUCACCCGAUUCUAUUGUAUUAUUAUUUCACAAUAUUAUUCGUACAAUCAGAAAACCUACCAGAACCAAAAAUUUUGAACUUUUUAAACCAACUUAUUCCCACAAAACCAUCAACUAUACCACGUGGAUAUAUCGAUGGAGCACUUUGUAAUCGUCAAUGUGAUGGAAAGAUUAAACGGUGUUUCUUCAAUUUUAACGUUGAAACUUUCUACUCGAUGAGCAAAGCAUGUUUUGAUUGCCCAAAUAAUAUCACUGAUUGUUAUCGUCCGGAUUGCAUCAUUGCCGGUGGUAUAAAACGUACUGUGAGUGUGGUAAACCGAAAAUUACCUGGUCCAGCAAUUGAGGUAUGUCAGGGAGAUAAAAUAAUGGUCCAUGUCGAGAACAAUCUUAUAGAUGGUGCAUCCACUACAAUUCAUUGGCACGGUCAACACAUGGUUAAAGAUAAAUAUAUGGAUGGCGUGCCAUGGAUUUCACAAUGUCCUAUUUUAUAUAAUAAUAACUUUACAUAUACAUUUACUGCGGUUAAUUAUGGAACUAUGUGGUGGCAUUCUCACUCUGAAAUGCAACGUGGUGAUGGUGUUUAUGGCCCAAUGAUUAUUCGACAAAGUAAAAAGAAUAAUCACCAUGUAAAACUCUAUGACUUUGACCUGUCUUCCCAUGUGAUGAUGAUUACAGAUUGGACACAUCGUCCUAAUUUAGAAGUUUUUGAAUCUUUUAUUUUAGGAGGAGAAAAAAUUAAGAUUCCUGGUCUUUUAGUCAAUGGUUUAGGAUAUCAAUCUAAUACAAAUAUUACUACGACACCUUUAGCUAAUUUUACAGUCAAAAGUGGAUUUCGUUACAGAUUUAGGGUUGUUCAAGUUGCUUUCUACGACUGUCCAAUUGAGAUUUCCAUUGAUCAACAUAAAAUGACAAUCAUUUCUACUGAUUCUGAAGAUUUAGAACCUUUUCAAGUUGAUUCAUUUGUGGCAACUUCUGGUGAACGUUUUGACUUUAUCCUGAAAGCAGAUCAACCAAACUCCACUUAUUACAUAAGAUUUAAAGGAUAUCUUCAAUGUUCCCAUUUGGAAACAUUUACUAUGGCUUUACUUCAUUAUGAAGGGUCGUUGGAUGAAACUCCAAAUAGCACUUUUCCUACAUAUGCAACAUCAGCUCCAACUGGUGGUGUGAUCUACAAUCCAGUUAGUAUUGCUAAUGCUACAGGAUAUUCAAAUGUUAUUGGCAUUCAUGAAUCCAGGUCAAUACACAAAGUAGAUUCAUCUUUGAAUUCUUCAAAAGUUCACAAGUUUUAUGUUUCUCUAGACAUGAGCAGUAUAGAUCAUCCAGUAAAACAUAGAUAUCCUUAUUAUGGAUUUAAACAAGUUGAUGAAAACUAUCAAUCACGUACGCCACAAUUAAACCAUAUAACUUAUACACAUGAGUAUGAUGUUCCUCUGCUCCAGGGGCGAUUUGAAAUCAAUCAAAAAGCAUUUUGCAAUGAAAAAACAUUGAGAAAUAGUAGUUGUGAGACCAAUUUCUGUCAAUGCCCUCAUAUUUAUACGGUACCAAAAAAUGCUAUAGUUGAAUUUGUUUUUAUGGAACUUUGGGACCAGGACCAUGCUGCAACACUUCAUCAAUUACAUCUUCAUGGUUACACAUUUGCAGUUUUAGGUUGGGGUGAACUCGGUAGAAAUCUGACAAGAAAACAAGUAAUUAAUCUAGAUAAAGAAGGUCAACUGAAAAGAAACUUUGUUAAGCCUCCUUUAAAAGAUACCGUCAGUGUACCUAAAGGUGGUUAUACCAUUAUACGUUUCAAGGCUACUAACGUUGGAUACUGGUUGUUGCAUUGUCAUAUUGAUAUACAUUCGGCCGAAGGAAUGCAAUUGGUGAUAAAGGUAGGUACAGAUCGCCAAAUGCCUUCUCCGCCGAAAAACUUUCCAAAAUGCAGCAACUGGCCCAAAAAAUGACGAUGCUAUUUCCGUUUAUGUACAUUUAAAAGUAUAAGAUAAAGUAAUUAAAAUAUUAACGUUAUCUCAAUAGGAUUAUUUCAUGAUAUACAAUUUUUGUAUAAAUUAUAAUUUAAAUAACAAAUAGAAGUCAUUUGAAGCACGUACACCUUCAAAAAUGAAAA